AUGCCCUCCCCACGCACCCUCCUCAUAACAGGCGCAACCGGCAAACAAGGCGGCGCCCUCAUCACCUCCCUCCUCGCCUCCCCCUCCGCCUCCUCCUUCAACAUCCUCGCCCUAACGCGCAAAAAGACCUCUGCGGCCGCCAAAGCCCUAGCUGCCCGGUCGCCCAAGCUCACCUUGAUCGAAGGCAAUCUCGACGACCCCCGCGCUGUCUUCGCAUCGGCCCGUGAGACUCUAACACCGAGCCAAGCACCCAUCUCUGGCGUCUUCAGCGUGCAAACGCCCAUGAGCGGAAACGAAGAGAAACAGGGCAAAGACCUCGUGGAUGCGGCGUUGGAGAAUGGGAUCAAGCAAUUCGUAUACAGCUCUGUCGAGCGGGGAGCCGGGAGUCCGGCGACGGAUGUGCCGCAUUUUGCGCACAAACAUCACAUCGAGGAGCAUCUCAUGGAGAAGAGCGAAGGGGGCAGGAUGGACUGGACCAUUCUGCGACCUGUAUGCUUCAUGGACAAUCUCACGCCAGACUUCCUCGGGAGGCUGUUCGUCACGGCUUGGAAACGCACACUGGAUCCGUCCGACAAGCCGAUUCAACUCAUCCACACGCCUGACAUUGGCGUCGUCGCCGCCGAAGCUUUUCUUCAUCCCGAGGAGUAUAGGAACCAGACGAUGAGUCUCGCAGGCGAUGAGAUCACUUACGCCGAAGCUGACGCUGUGUUCAAAGAGAAAGUCGGGAAGGAUAUGCCGGUGACGUUUGGGCCGCUGGUUGGAGCGGCGAUGUGGGCGAUUAAGGACUUGGGGCUUAUGUUCCGGUGGUUCAAGGAUGAGGGCUUCGCGACUCCUGUGGAGGAAUUGAAGGGGAGGUAUAAGAUGACGAGUUGGGCGGAGUAUGUGGAGGGGAAGAAGGGUGGUUUUAUUGCGAAGUGA